AUUUUAAUUACAUGAAACCAUGUUCAAUAUGGAUGGAGAACCUUUAAGGCGAAAAGGACAUAUAACUUUGCCAGCUAUAGAAACGAUGCAAAGAAAUGUUCAUAAUGCUCCCGUUUCGUAUAAAAGGAAAAAGUAUGAAAUUCCUUUCCACAUACCCCAUAAAAAACUCAUGGAAAAGAUCGAGUUCGUUGAAAACCAACCGGAGCCUUUGACAGGAUUCACUGAGGCCCAAGAAAAUAGGUACAGAAGAGAGCGCAAACCAGCUAAACUCCAGUUGGGGCCGAUUCGCUCUGAAGAAGAGAGAAAGAAGAAAUUCAAGAUAAAAGAAUCCGACUCAAGGUCAAGUCUAGAAGUGAAGAUAGAGUACACCGGUGACCCUCUGAAGGUGAAACCGGUAGUGACGUCACAGAAGGAGGUCAUAGAGUGUAUCCGGAAAGACAGGAGUGGCGGGUUCUUGUAUAUGACCUACGCGGUCCAGCCCCAGAAUGUACACUUUACGCCGUAUUAUCUCAAGGUGGUGCCAUAUGCGGAAAUCGACAGAAGGAACUAUUUUACGAUCAGCGCUUGCGGCGUCACUCAUUUCACCAACGAAAUGGUGUUCACCAAACUUGACGCCUGGGAACAGGAGUACACCAUAUUCGUGAAAUUGACUGACAUAACUUUUUUCCGAGUCUACCGUUACUGGAAGGCGUUCUACAUGUGGCGGAAGUCGAUAUUGUUCCGCAAAUACAGCAAGACACGAGAGAAGAUUGCCAAGAAACUGUUCAUUUUGACUCCCGUGUUGGGUAGAGCGCUGCUCAACAUACAGGCUAUGUGCUGCGACAUGUACCUGAAGAGUUUCGCUGAUGUGUCCAGAGAUAUGGACACGGCUUUCUUUUAUUUCGUUGAAGUCCAGAUGAAACGCAUAGAAUAUAUCCAGGGCAAGUUGACGGAAUUCAGGUCGAUAGUGCUGGAAGUGAUCACAACGGCUUGUCACGAGGCUCUGUUCAAACAGGGUUUCACAUUCGAUGACCGAAACAUACCACCGCUACAGAUUAUAAGGGGACAGCCGGUAGGAGGCAUGUCGUAUACUGAAAAGGCGAACAAGAGAAAGUAUUGCGAGAGACUUGCUAGCUUUAUAAAGCUUGCUGACUACAUGACCAACUAUAUGCUGUACCGUUUGACGAAAUUAUCGAACCGUGCGAUGUCAAAUAUGCUCCGUACGCAUGACAGUUUCAUGCCAUCAGAUGAGCUUUUGAAUGGUACUGAUGUUGAUGAAGUCUUGGAAGUCGUACCUAGAGUAACUGAUACUUGUAAGUGGGCACUCGUUCAAGUAGACGCGUAUGUACUCCCUUCUGGUGAAGUAGAGUUGAAUCCCAGCCCAGAAGUAAUUUACUCCUACGUAGAUAAAAUCACAUCCUAUUGGAAUGAAUAUGUAAGAGUUUUUCGUAACUAUCUGAAUGAUGAGAGCUUGCAAAUAUUCGUUCAACCAACGAUUAUGGGUAAACAAGUGGAGUGGUCAGCUGGACAAUCGCCAGAUCUAUAUUUCCUAAUGAAUCAAGAUAAAGUCAUGUUAAGCAACAUUAUUUACAUAUCUACUGCUUUUAAAACUGCUUUCGAAUGCGUGUGGACAUUUCUGAAACGUAUGAAAACAUUUAUGGACAAUUUUAAAGAAGCCAACGAAAUAGAUAUUAACGAUAUCAAAGAAGAAAGAGACGUGAACGAAUUGAGGAGGCUUUGUGAUAAAUUCGUCAAACAAAUGGAAACUAUAGAGGAUGUCGUUGGCUACCAACCUUUAGGGCUAAUUUUUCUUUGUGUAGAACCAUUUAAAGAGCUCUUCAGGCCACAUCCUAGGAGACUAUUUGACGUAAUAAAUGUUACAACACCUACAAUCGGGCGGGAAUGUAUUGAUGAAAUAUUAGCUGGUAUACAAUCGGUGAACAACGACAUAUUUAGAGAACCAGAGAAUGCCGGUGAAUUAGUUGAAUAUAGUUUUCUUCUCAACGGCCUAGAAGAAAGGGUUAGUAAGCUAGAAGAAAAGCUGGAAUAUUUAAGAGAAUUGUAUGAUUUGAUGGGCGAAUUUAAUAUUGCUACACCGCCAGACGAUGUAACUGAUUUCUUAGGAUUAAGUAUUGCGCUUAGUACUCUCCGCACAAACGUCGAUGCUCGUUUGGAGACUCGCGGUAAGCUGACCGAUAUGUUUUCUACCGAGGUGGGCAAGGAUAUAAUGGCUCUGAUGAUUCAAGUCAACAAACUGAGAGAACAAGUCGCGCAAGAAUGGCUCUACGAUGACACGUCAGAUAUGGAGAAAGUCAUGGAAACUCUCGAUGAACUAAUGGAACAGCUAAAUAUUUGCUCGGAGAGAAACAAACUAAUACGAGAAUGGCAGAAAAUAUUUAAGAUACCACCUUCACGACUGGAACAACUUGAUGAAACUAUAAACGAUGUGAAGUUACGGCAAAUGCUGUGGAAAUCAUCUAGAGAAUGGAAUCAUUUGUACCAAUCGUGGUACGAAGUGCCCUUUAAUACAUUAGAUAUAGAAGAUAUCCAAACCAAUACAAUAAAUUACGCUAAAAUAUUUAAUCAACUCGAUAAAGGUUUGCCUAAGAAUAACACUGUGCCCAAAUGCAAAGAAACCAUAGAUAUUAUUAAGGAGAAGCUGCCAGUGAUGUCUUACUUACGUAAUCCAGCCUUAAAACCGAGGCAUUGGAUGAAAGUUGAGGAGAUAUUAAAAACUAGAUUCACACCGGAGACAGUCGUCACUCUGAAAAUGUUGGAGGAGCUGCAAGCUUUUCAGCACGCUGAAGAGCUGAUGGAAGUGGCUGGUCAAGCAAGUUCAGAAGCUGGUUUAGAGGCACUUCUCAAAAAGGUUGAAGAAAUGUGGGCUUCUUUAGAGUUUCCUGUGGUAUUGCAUAAAGACUCAAGGGAUGUUUACAUAUUGGGUGGCUUAGAUGAAAUCCAAGCGUGUCUCGACGAAAGCAAUAUCCAUGUCAGCACUAUAUUGAGUUCUAGAAACUCUGGACCUAUAAAAAGCCGAGUCGAGGAAUGGGCUAAGAAUUUAGACCUAUUUUCGAAAACUUUGGAGGAAUGGUAUUCAUGCCAACAGACUUGGAUGUAUUUGAUGGUGAUAUUCUCCGCUCCAGAUAUCCAGAGGCAGUUGCCUAACGAAACAAAAUUGUUCACGAUUGUAGACAAAUCCUGGAAAGAUAUAAUGAGGAAAGUUGCGAAGGUUCCUCUGGCAAUGCCAGCGGCUACGCAACCAAAACUAUACGAAGAGUUUGUAAGGAACAACGAAAUGUUGGAUCAAAUUAUGAAGUGCUUGGAAGCAUACUUGGAAACUAAACGUGUAGCAUUCCCACGUUUCUUCUUCUUGUCAAACGAUGAACUCCUGGAGAUAUUAGCGCAGACUCGCAACCCUCAUGCCGUACAACCACAUUUGAGAAAAUGUUUCGAUGCGAUUGCCAAACUGGAAUUCGGCGUUCGUUUGCCUGAAAGUGAAAUGGAAAUUACUGAAGACGGUACUUUGGUAGAAAGGGAAAUGUCAUUUCAUACAAGAGAUGCUCUACAAGCGAAACUCGCAAAAACCGCGGCACCCGAAGAUCUUACUACUGAUAUAAUAGCUAUGUUGUCUCCAGAAGGUGAAAGAGUCAAUUUGGGAAAGGGUCUCAAAGCUCGUGGAAACGUAGAAGACUGGUUAGGCAAAGUCGAAGAAGCUAUGUUUGCGUCAGUUAAGCGUUGCAUGAAAUUUGCACUCAAGGACUACAUGCAACGUAGUAGAGUCGAUUGGGCUCCUUUACAUCCAAAUCAGGUGGUUUUAACUGUUUCUCAAAUUAUGUGGGCCAGGGGAGUCCAUGAAAUAUUCGACUUGAACAAUCCAUUGCGCAUUGAUACCGCUCUGUUAAAUUAUGAGCAGAAAUGUGUCAGUGAUUUAAAUGAUCUCGCCGCGCUUACAAGAAAGGAUCUUAGUCCACUUUUCAGGAAGGUGCUUUGUGCUCUGAUUACUGUUGAUGUCCAUGCUAGGGACACAAUAACACACAUGGUUGAAAAACAUGUACAGAAAGCAACCGACUUUGAAUGGCUUAAAAUGAUCAGAUAUUAUUGGGAGAAUGACAUAGAUAACUGUAUGGCGAGAAUGUCAAACGCUCAAUACAUUUACGGACAUGAGUAUUUAGGAGCUGGAGGGGUUCUAGUAAUAACACCUCUGACCGAUCGCUGUUACCUGUGUCUAAUGGGAGCCCUACAGUUGGACCUAGGGGGAGCCCCGGCGGGCCCUGCGGGAACCGGCAAGACCGAGACCACAAAGGACCUCGCUAAGUCACUAGCUAUACAGUGUGUGGUCUUCAACUGUUCUGAAGGUCUAGACUACAAGAUGAUGGGUCGUUUCUUCUCCGGCCUGGCUACUUCUGGUGCUUGGUGCUGCUUCGAUGAAUUCAACCGGAUCGACAUCGAAGUAUUGUCCGUCAUUGCUCAACAGCUGAUCACUAUACGGAACGCCAAAGUUGCUAAGCAAUCUAGAUUCAUGUUCGAGGGACGUGAGAUCAAGCUGGUGAGGUCAUGCGCUGCUUUUAUCACCAUGAACCCAGGUUAUGCUGGGCGAACUGAAUUGCCAGAUAACCUUAAAGCCCUAUUUCGUCCAAUAUCUAUGAUGGUACCAGAUUAUGCUCUGAUAGCUGAAGUGAUCUUGUACUCUGAAGGAUUUGAAUCUUCUAAAGGUCUUGCAAAGAAAAUGGUUCAAAUGUAUAAGUUGUCCAGCGAACAGCUUUCCAAGCAAGACCAUUAUGAUUUUGGCAUGAGAGCUGUGAAGAGUGUACUUGUGAUGGCCGGUGCUCUUAAACGUGCCAAUCCCGACCAGCACGAAGAAAUUACCUUAUUAUGUGCCCUAAACGAUAGCAAUCUGCCAAAGUUUCUUGCGGCGGAUGCUUUGCUUUUUGCUGGCAUUUUGUCCGAUUUGUUCCCUGGUAUACAGCUGCCUGUUCGUGAUUAUGGAACAUUAAUUGAAGGCAUUAAAUCAGUGCUCUUGGAGAGAAAACUUCAAGUGGUAGAGCGGCAAAUUACGAAAGUGAUACAACUGCACGAGACGAUGAUUGUUCGUUGGGGAGUUAUGCUCGUUGGACCAACUGGUGGUGGCAAGACAGUCGUAUUAAAAGUAUUAGGUGACACAUACACUCGUCUAUGUGAAAGAGGAACAGAAGGUCCGCACUACCAAAGAGUACACGAAUACAUUAUGAACCCGAAAAGUUUGAGCAUUGGUGAACUCUAUGGUGAAGUGAACUUACAAACUCUGGAAUGGCACGACGGAAUCCUACCCUUAUCUUUAAGGACGGCUGUUCAAUGUGAAGAACCUGAUCAUCAAUGGAUAAUAUGCGACGGUCCAGUAGAUGCUGUAUGGAUUGAAAACAUGAACACUGUACUUGAUGACAACAAAAUGCUAUGCCUUUCCAACUCGGAGAGGAUUAAGCUAACACCUUACGUUCAUAUGCUAUUUGAGGUGUCGGAUUUAGCCCAAGCAUCACCAGCCACUGUGUCCCGCUGUGGGAUGGUAUACGUCGAUCCUAGCGAUUUGGGCUUCCUCCCAUACGUGCGGUCCUGGCUAGAGGAUUCCGUUGAGAAGAAUCUCUUCAAUCAGGAAAAUUCUGACUUCCUUUAUGAGCUGUUCAAGAUGCUAGAAGCUGGAUUGGACCAUGUCAACACCAUUUGCGGGGUUGGAAUAAAACAGGUCAAUAUUAGUAAAGUGUCGGCCUUAUGCUCACUACUAGGAGCCUUGUUAUCCGAACCAGGAGAAAGGUUUUCGGACAAGGCCGCUCUGAAAGUUUAUUUAGCGCAUUGCUUCAUAUUCUGCUAUAUCUGGUGUAUCGGUGGCAACAUUUACGAAGACAACAGAGCGACUCUAGAAGAGAUCGUUAAAAGGCAAUUUCUGGAGUUUGAAGAAGCAGAAUACGCCCCACACGGUUUCAACCUAUUCAAUAUGUUUAUGGAAACGAAACAACGGAAGCUAAAGACGUGGUCUGAAAUACAACCAGAAUUUGUUUAUGACAGUAAUCGGCCAUUUUUCGAAACCCUAGUGCCAACUGUGGAUACUGUUCGCUACGGCUAUCUGUUUCAAAAGUUUCUGAGCUCAAACAAACCAGUCAUGUUUACAGGCGAUACAGGUGUUGGUAAAACGGUCAUCGCUGCAGGGGUUCUCAAGGAUAUGUCUGAGUUGGAAACUUAUAUACCAUUUGUACUAAACUUUUCUGCCCAAACUGCUAGCGCUACAACACAGGAAGUUAUAGAACUGAGAUUGGAUAAGCGUUCAAGAACAGCGAUUGGAGCUCCACUUGGCAAGAAAGUUAUAAUUUUCAUUGACGAUGUGAAUAUGCCUCGACUGGACAUUUACGGUUCACAACCUACUAUUGAACUACUCAGACAAUACCUCGAUUACGGUGGAGUUUACGAUAGGGACAAGCUCGUUUGGAAGAAGAUAUUGGAUGUAGUGUUAUCAUGCGCGUGCGCCCCACCCGGUGGCGGUCGCAAUGUCCUCAGCACGAGAUUUGUACGCCACUUCGCUAUGUUACAUAUAGCGUCACCCACGUCUGAUGCAAUGAAAACUAUCUUCAAGGCGAUAUUGAAAGGUCACAUGGAGGACUUUGUCACGGAAGUUUCCACGCUUGGUGAUUCCUUAAUAAACGCAGCCGUAGAAUUAUACUUGAAGAUCUGCUCUGAAUUACUACCAACACCCACGAAAUCGCAUUAUAUAUUUAAUCUUCGAGAUCUUUCUAAAACUGUUCAAGGUGUCUUGCAAGCUAAUGCGGGGUAUAUGAAAGCACCACAGGGUAUGCUAAGACUAUUCUAUCACGAAUGUUUAAGAGUAUUCCACGACCGUCUCAUAAAUGUCGAAGACAAAAGUUAUUUCUAUCAUCUACUGUACGCGGUGUGUCAGAAAAAUUUUCAGUCACCAAUUUUUGAUAUUCCCACUGAGGGUAUUAUAGAGGAAACACCUUUUGUCCUUUUUGGAGAUUUUAUGAAUUCAUCGCUGCCAAAAGAAAAUAGGAUUUAUCAGGAGAUCUCUGAUAUGGACAAGUUGAUGAUUGUGAUAAAGGAAUAUCUAGACGACUACAACUCAAUGGUUCGCACAGAGAUGAAUCUAGUUCUAUUCCGUGACGCAGUGGAGCAUGUGGUGCGAGUCGCGAGAGUGUUUAGAGCUGAGAGAGGACAUUGUCUGCUAGUUGGUCCAGGUGGCUCCGGAAGAAGGUCUAUAGCUACGCUGGCUGGCCACAUCAAUGAGUGCAAAUGUAUGGGCAUGGAGCUAAAACGAAACUACGACACACCCGACUUCCACGAUGAUUUACGCAAAAUGUACAUGCGAGCUGGAGUCUCCUUUGAAGACACAGUCUUUCUCUUCACCGAUACGCAGAUUUCGAAGGAGGAAUUCUUGGAAGACAUCAACAAUAUGCUUAAUUCAGGGGAGGUGCCCAAUCUGUUCGAAGGUGACAAUUACGAGCAGGUGCAGACAGGUUGUUCCCAAGAGGCGAUGAAGGCGGGACUCAAUUCUAGUGACAGGGACGCUGUGUUCAAUUUCUUUAUCAACAGAGUGCGAGCUAAACUGCAUCUAUCUAUCUGCAUGAGUCCUGUGGGAGCUGCUUUUCGACAUCGUUGCCGAAUGUUUCCUUCGUUGGUCAACUGUUGUAACAUUGACUGGUUUACCAAAUGGCCCCCAGAGGCGUUGCUUUCGGUGGCACACCAAUGUCUACAACCACUCGGUGACCAGAACCUUGUAGAAAAGAUCUCCACCGUUUGCGUUUCUAUGCAUCAGGAUGUCGAUGUGAUGACUGACCGGUUGUAUCAAGAAAUGCGUCGAUACUUCUACACGACCCCCAGCAGCUAUUUAGCUCUUUUGAAAUUGUAUUUGAGCUUGUUAGACAAGAAGCAGCAAGAAAUUAUUCGUGGACGAGACAGAGUAUCAUGUGGGUUACAGAAACUAUACGAAACAUACGAAGUUGUAGGAGUAAUGGAACAACAAGUUAGAGAUAUGGAACCAAUUUUGGCGAAAAAAGCUGAUGAGAGUAUUGCACUGGUAUCACGUUUGAAAAUUGAACAGAAAGCAGCUGAUGAAGUAAAGCAAGCUGUGAUGAAGGAUGAAGCAGAAGCUAAGAUCAAAGCCGAGGAAGUGAAACAAAUAGCGGACGAGGCUAAAGCGGAUUUGGCGUUAGCGAUGCCAGCAAUGGAAGCGGCUCAGCUCGCAUUGAAAGCGCUAAACAAAGCCGAUAUCAAUGAACUGAAAGCUUUCACCAAGCCUCCCGCUUUGGUGCGUUUUGUAAUGGAGCCUGUCUGUAUUCUUCUCGGCGCUAAGCCUAAUUGGGAAUCAUGCAAGAAGCUGUUAGCUGAUGUUAAUUUCAUUCGUAACCUUGAGGAGUACGACAAGGAUCACAUUCCAGACUCUACGCUUAAGAAGAUCAAAACUUAUCUCACUCACAAGGACUUCAAUCCUGACACUGUAGUCAAAGUUUCGAAGGUUUGUCGAUCAAUGGUCUUAUGGGUGCAAGCAAUAGACACGUAUGCCAAAGUGUUUACAGUUGUGGAACCGAAGAUUAAAAAGCACCAAGAAGCGGCCGCUGAGUUGAAAAGCGUGAUGGCCUUGCUGAGAGCGAAGCAAAAAGAAGUCGAAGAUAUUGAAGAACAACUAACAAAGAUGAUGAAAGAAUUGGAGACAGUGGAAGAAGAGCGGCAGAGGCUUCAAGCUGAUGUGGACCUGGCUGGGGCUAGACUGAUACGAGCAGGCAGACUGACGCAGGCUCUUGCUGAUGAGAAGUCCAGAUGGGAGGAUAGUGUUGCGGCCGCAACAAAGAAACUACACUGCACAACGGGAGACGUGCUGAUCGCGUCGGGUUGCAUCGCAUAUUUCGGCGCAUUUCCGUCUUCGUAUCGCCGAGAAUGUGAGACUGAAUGGGUGAAGAGGUGCAAGGAUUUACAAAUACCAUCCUCUGAUACGUUUAACCUAACAUCAACAAUGGCUGAUUCAUUCACCAUUAGAACGUGGAAUGCUCAAGGUCUCCCUAGAGAUUCUGUUUCAACGGAAAACGGCAUCCUUGUCACGAAAGCGGAAAGAUGGCCACUUACAAUCGAUCCACAGGAGCAGGCUAAUAUGUGGAUUAAGAACAUGGAACACGACAACGGCUUAAAAAUAACAAAACUCAGUGAUCCUGGCUACCUUCGUAUGUUAGAGAACUGUAUUCGUCUGGGAUGGCCGAUGCUUAUCGAAGACUUGGGAGAAAAUCUUGAUGCAACACUUACACCGGUGCUCCUCAAACAAAUGUCUAUGCAGAGUGGUCGCCUGAUGAUCCAUUUGGGUGACUGUGACAUUGAAUACGACACAAAUUUCCGCCUGUAUUUGACUACAAAAAAAGCAAACCCUCAUUAUUUACCGGAAAUAUGUAUCCAAGUAACUCUAGUUAAUUUUACCGUCACCUUAUCCGGAUUGGAAGAUCAACUUUUAGCAGAUGUUGUACGUUUGGAAAGGCCAGAUUUGGAAAAACAACGCACUGAACUGAUAGUACGUAUCAACGCAGACAAGGCAUCACUACUCGAAAUUGAAGACAAAAUACUUAGAUUACUGUAUGCAUCGACUGGAAACAUUCUAGAUGAUGAAGAACUUAUUGAAACUUUAAACGAGAGUAAGGAAACUUCAGAGAUCAUUAAUGCUCGCCUCGAGGAGACGGAGAAGACAGAAGUGAGCAUAUCGGCAGCUAGAGAGAAGUAUAGGACAGUGGCGACCAGGGGAGCGGUGUUGUAUUUCACUGUGACGCAGCUAGCUGAUAUAGAUCCCAUGUAUCAGUACUCGCUAAAGUAUUUUAAUCAGAUUUUCAACAUGGUAACCGAAGAGAGCGAAAAAAAUGACAAUCUAGAGAUACGGCUAGCGAUUCUUCUUAGAGAAAUAACUCUGUCAGUAUAUAGAAAUGUGUCUAGAGGUCUGUUUGAGAGGCACAAGCUGGUGUUUAGCUUCCUCCUUAGUAUAGCGAUAGACUUGCACGAAGGAAGUGUUAGACAGGACCAGUGGAUGUUUAUACUGCGUGGCGCUUCCGGAUCGAACGUUGUGCCACCUAAGAAACCUCCUAUAGAGAUACUGACUGAGCAAAUGUGGCUUGCUGUUCACCAUCUGCAAGAAAAUGAACCUAUCUUCGAAGGUCUUGCCAACGAUUGUCUUCGAUUGAUUGAAAUCGAAAUAGGAUCAUAUUCUUUGGCGAUACACUUAGAUAAAAAGAACAAGAAAUCGACGACAAAGGAAUGGAAUAAGAUCCUGAAUCCCUUUGAGAAGCUUAUGCUGAUAAAGUGCAUUAAGGAGGAGAAAUUAGUAUACGCUAUAGCUCAGUAUGUGAGCACUAGCCUGGGUCGGGCCUACAUCGAGAGCCCCACUGUUCAGUUAAAUACACUAUACGCUGAUACGAGAUCUACCAUACCACUUGUGUUUGUUCUAAGCACAGGUUCGGAUCCCUUCGGAGCAUUCCAAAAAUUCGCCACGGAGAUGGGUAUGAGGGACCGAUUGAGGUCCAUAUCGUUAGGUCAAGGACAGGGACCAGUGGCUGAGAAGAUGAUCAACAAUGCCAAACCUAAAGGGGAUUGGGUUUUCUUGCAGAACUGUCACCUAGCGGCAUCUUGGAUGUUAAGCUUGGAAGUGCUUGUGGCGGCUCUGGGCAAUGAAGAUGCCCCACCUAACCCGGAGUUUAGACUGUUCCUCAGCUCUAUGCCUACACCAAAGUUCCCAGUGUCCGUCCUACAGAACUCAGUCAAGGUGACCAACGAGCCGCCCAAAGGACUGAAGGCUAAUGUGAAGAGGGCUCUCAUAGAAAUGGACGAGGACUUUUAUGAAAACCACGUGCUAGAACAAGACUGGCGUACUAUGCUAUUCGGCAUCUGUAUAUUCCACGCGGUCAUACAAGAACGGAAGAAGUUUGGGCCUCUCGGCUGGAACAUCACUUACGAGUUCAACGACAGCGACCGAGAGUGUGCCAUGCUUAAUAUGCAGAUGUUCUGCGAGCUCGGGCACGUACCUUGGGACGCCCUAGAGUAUAUUACCAGUCAAAUAACAUACGGUGGUCGCGUCACGGAUAUGUGGGAUCAGAGAUGUUUGACGACCAUUCUGAAGCAGUUCUUCUCACCGCCAACAUUGGAGGAGGGAUACACUUAUUCCUCCUCCGGGACGUACUAUUGCCCAGCGCUGGACAAACUGGAGAUAGUUAGGGAAGUCGUGGACAACUGGCCAGCAAUUGAAGAUCCUGAAGUGUUUGGAAUGCAUGAUAAUGCUAAUAUUGCGUUUGAGCACAAAGAAACAACUAGUCUGGUGCAGACCAUAGUGGACGUCCAGCCCCGUUCUGUCGAGUCCUCAGGGGCGGACUCUCCAGACCAGAUAGUCUGGCGGAUAUGCGACCAGACCCGAGCGACAGUGCCCAAGGCGAUCGACAAAACCAGCGUUAACGCGACCCUGAUGGUCGCGGACGAUAUGGGUCAGCUACACUCCCUGACGACCGUCCUGCUGCAUGAGACUGACCGAUUCAACACCCUCCUCAAACUGAUUCAUGUGUCACUUGUGGAUUUACAGAAUGCAAUAAAGGGUAUCGUAGUGAUGUCGGAGGCGUACGAGGAGGUGUUCAACUCACUCCUCAACAACAGAGUACCAGCGAUGUGGCACAGCCGCGGAUACAACUCACUCAAGUCACUCGGCAGCUGGAUACACGAUCUCACGCUGAGAGUGGAUUUCAUUGAGAGCUGGCUCGUUAAUGGCGCGGCUCCUAGCAGCUGGGUAUCCGGUCUGUUCUUCCCUCAGGGUCUUCUAACGGGCUCAUUGCAGGCGUACGCUCGGAAGUACAGAGUGCCCAUAGACUCGCUACAGUUUGACUUCCAUCCGAUACAGUACAAUCUGUCUCAGGAGGACGUUUACAAGCAUAACAUAAGAGCGACAAAGACAAAGGACAAGCAAGAGGACCUGAGUGUGUUUGGGCAUCUGAAGCGGCCGCAAGAUGGCGUUAACAUUCACGGCCUGUUCAUAGACGCUGGCCGCUGGGAUAUGAAGAGCAACUGCCUCGCCGAUGCACUACCAGGUCAAGUGCACUGUCCUCUGCCGGUGAUGUGGUUGGAGCCGGUACUGCAGCUGCCGAAGCCAGACCCAAGAUACGAGGCCCCCCUGUACAAGACCUCGGAAAGGGCUGGUGUCCUCUCCACAACCGGACACAGUACCAACUUUGUGCUACCCGUACUCCUUAAUACCAACAUGCCACCAGAGUUCUGGAUCAUUCGAGGCACCGCUCUACUCACACAGAUUACAGAUUAGAUUUUGCCUGGUAGUGGCAUCAGACUUAACGUUUCGUUGAUGGAUGAAAUUUUCAUCUUAAUUUUUAAGUGCCUUUGAUACUUUAGCGUGUUUACGCCUUCAGCAAACACUCGAGACAAGUCGGACCCAUGAUCGCGCCGCAGUACGCGCGGCGGCGAAAACUCUGCCGCUGCUGCGCCGUGUGCUCGCAGACCGAAGGUCCAAGUAUCCAACAAAGAAUAAGGAAAUUUGCACUUAGCUGGGGCUCCCAAAAGUUUUGAAACGCAAACCCGUUUCUAGAUUUUAGAAUUUUAUAUAAUAUGCAUUUAUGAAAUUUAAUCGUCACAUCAAGAGAAAAGCCUUUUGUUGAACCGUUAAAUGUCAAACGGUUAGCCGUCUCGCUCGAACCAAUGGAGCGAGAAUGAGACGAAGUGUCUCGAUAGAUCAUUUUGAAGGUUUCUUAAGUGCCCCAGGAUGGCCCCUGAUCUAGGUAAAAUAGUAUUUCAAAUAAGGAAUGAAAUAUAUUGAUAGAAUUAAAGUUUAAUGUACAAAAGCAAAUUAGCAGUAUAAAUUGUUUUAGCAAUAGCUUUAUACAGCUAUCCAUAAUGAAUUCGGUAUAAAUACAUUGCAUAAUACUCAUAAAAUGAAACCAUGAAUCUAAUUUGUAAAAUUAUACAAAACAACACGACGAGUGCCUACGAGAUGUGUCGAAUGAUUC